UAAACUAACGUAAACGGGGUUUGAAGGAAUCGUUCGAAAAUCGAUUUCUCAUUUCGUUCUUUACCGUAAUUCGAAUCGAAUGAAAGUGGCGAUUUUUAUUUUCAUUAAUUUUAUUUCAUACGUACGGUGAAUUCCAUGAGUACCGAUAAACAAAAAUUAAUAUUACAAUAAUCGGUGAGAUAAUAGUAAUAAUAAUAACAAGAACAACAACAACGUAUUAAAAUAUCCUCAGUGUAUUCCAGUGAGUGAUAAUUUCGUGUGAAUAUAAUUACAACGUAUAAGCGCAAUUGGUGUGAAAAAAAAUGUUGAAAAGUUGAGAAAGAAUAUUGUUUACGAUCGAUUAAAAAGUAAAUUAAUGUUAUAGGAUAAAAUUCACAGUUGUGUACCAGUGUAAAGUUGAGGAUAAAAAUUUUUAUCUUCAUCCGUGCAUUGAUAUAAUUGAUAAGUACAUUGAAUGUGGAUCGAUACACUUUGACGAGUGUUCGAGUAUAAAAUUGUAAUCGACAAUUUGAGAGUAAAGAAGUUUGAAAGUAUUUGUUCAGUGAGAUAUCUCGCGUUACAGCGAGACAGGAGGAUUAAAAUCUGGCUAAUUUCGCUGUAUGAUUGCGAAAUUGACUUGGUAGUAUAAAAAAAGAAAAAGUUAAAAAUCGUAUAUCAAGUGAGCGCAGCGCAGCGAUGUCUUCGCAAAUGAUGUUUCUAACGCUGCGAAAUGACGAGACACUCGCCAUUACGCCCGCGCCGUCAACCGCAAAAGAAGAUAGCCUUAAACCGUAUCAUUUGCAACAUUUCAUUAUUCAACGGAUGGGGAGUUUCACGUCGUCGCCUAAAAUUCUAAACGAGGAUGCCCAGGACUCGGACAUUAAUCUACCGGCUAGAAUGACUCGCUCGGAAAUGCUCGAUCGGUGUCGAUGCGAAGGCGUUCAGCCACUUUUGAGACGACAUUUCAAAGGCGCGAUCAAAGAUGUCGGCGUCAAUACUGCGGACGAUUUUAAAAUGCUACAAAUCAACGCUGUUAAAAAAACUUGCGUGCAGCCGUUGAAGAGCCCAAACAAGAUACGAGUAUUCCAGUGGAACGUAUUGUCGCAAUCACUGGGAACAACAAACGACAGUUUCGUCUGUUGUCCGGAGGACGCUCUGGAAUGGGGAAACAGGCGAUAUCAGAUCGUCCAGGAGAUCCUGGAAUACGCACCGGAUGUAAUCUGCCUCCAGGAGGUGGACCACUUCAACUUCUUGAAGGCCUGCCUGGAGACCCAAGGAUACACCGGCACCUUCUUCCCGAAACCGGAUUCGCCCUGCCUUUACCUCGACGGCAACAACGGGCCUGACGGAUGCGCGCUUUUCUACAGACGCGAAAAGUUCGACUUUGUCAAGUCCGACACCAGGGUGCUGGAGGUCUGGCGAGUCCAGAGUAACCAAGUCGCCGUAGUCGCCGUUCUCAGGGUCCGGGAAACCGGCAGGGAGUUUUUGGUAGCCGGUACUCAUCUCAAAGCCAGAAAAGGCGCCCUCUUAUCGACCCUCAGGAACGAACAGGGCAAGGACCUCCUCGAUUUCGUCCAUUCCAGCGCGGAAGGAAGGCCCGUUAUUCUUUGUGGAGAUUUCAACGCGGAACCGACGGAACCGAUCUACCGGACAGUCUUGGGAUAUCCGGGACUUAAUUUAGGAAGCGCUUAUGCAGAUUUUUCACCCAACAAGGAUGUCCCUUCGAUGGACAGAGAGCCACCCUACACGACGUGGAAGGUCCGAGACGAGGGCGAAGUCUGUCACACCAUCGAUUACGUAUUUUACAACAAAGACGCCUUCGUGGUGAACGCCGUUCUCCAGUUUCCAACAUCCGAUGACAUCGGCGAAGGUCGCGUGCCGUCCUACCAAUAUCCCAGCGACCAUUUCUCCCUUUGCUGUGACUUCCGGUUUCAGGAUCAAGAGAAAACUGGUCAGGCGCAUAUAGAGGAGCUCAAAGGCGUCAGUAGCUUAUAAAUAAUACUGUAGCGUUAUUCACGCAACAAUCGUCUCGCCAUUAUUCGCGAUUAAUAGGUACCGCAGUUAUUUGCGGCAUGUAUAGGUAUAGUGUUGAUGUUCAUGUUUGUAACUAAGACACUUCACGAAUUAAUUAAUUAAUCAAUCAAGAGGCAAUCAACCGUUGCGAUCACGAUUUUCAAUCGAUACGGACGAUUAGGUCUCUGAGAUUUUUUACUCUCGUAUCGCAAUUUGUCCGGCAGUUUCUGAUCUUUUAUUUUCGUACUGGUUUCGUUGAAUCGCGUUAUUAGACGUUACGGAAAUUUGCGAUCGGAAUGCUAAUCGCGAUACCUCCGGAGAUGACACAAUCUAGGUGUAUUAUUAAUUAAGAAACGUGCCUUUUUUUAUUACCACUACUAUAUGUUGAACGAACGAAUAAGCAAAAGUUGGAUCUUAGUCGUCGAUCUCUUACUCAUUUAAUGACUGUUAACAGGACUAGAGAAAUUGAAGUUUCAAGAGAAUUGCUAGUUUUGUGCCUGGUACAAUGAUUGAAAAGAUUGCGAGGCGAUGCGACUGACUUGGUUCACGACGAAAAUGCAGGAUUUAACUUUUCCGGUUUUGUUCCUUGAUGAGAAAAAAAAAAUAAAUAAAACACACAAAAUCACAGACAAAUAUUUCUGUCAGUUGUCUGCUAGUUUCUCUUAUUUUAAAUUACUUGUUGUAUAUAUUGAUACUGUAAUACUUAGUAACGUGAUAGUUCCAUGCAGACCGUGUAUGACAUUGCAUUUAGAAAUACGACGAAAGUAGGAAAUAUGAAUUUUUUUUUAAUGAUUAUGUAAUUACAAUAUGCAUCAACAUUGACAAUGGUUCGCGAUCACGAACGUCAGUAAAUUAUAUUGGAUAGUUGACCAAAAAAAGUCCCUAGCUAUUCGAUUCUUUUUUUUCAUUUAUCCGUUCUAAUGGAAAUCAAACAAAAUAUGCGAUCUUAUUAUUAACCCCCUAGCUUUCUAAGAUACGUUUAACUUUUUUCUUUUACAAAUGGCGUAAUAUACUGUGACUGUUGACCUAUGUGAUUAUUUUUUGAUGUACAGAACAAAUUGAAGAGGAUUGAAAAAGAAUGAAGCGUUAUAAACACAGGUUGAAACGCUACGACAAUAAACAGUAAUCGACAAAUUAUUGCUAAGUAUGUCAUUUAUAUGAAUAUUUCUUUUCGUUUUACUGAUUACGGUCAUAUGAUAUGAGGAUCUAUGUGUAGUAAGGGGAUAUAGUCGCGGCCUCAUGUAUCACGUUUGCGUGAAACUAUGUUACAUCAUGUAUAUUACGUCGUUUGAACAAAUUUUUUCUUGGUUCGCGUUAUUCUACUAUUGUUGUUCGAUGAUGUUGCAAUGAUUUAACUACCAUUGUACAACAAGGAUGGAUGAAUGAAUAUCGACGUAUUGUUGCGAUAGGUGUGAACGAUAAUAUUGAAUGAGUGAUUCCACUAGAUGUUGUCUCCUAUACAACGGUCCGGAAGAAUUGUGAUUUAGUCGUUAAUUCAGAAGAUUAUGAGGAUGUAUCAUGUAUUAUUAUAUCUUGUAUGUGUAUAUUGAAUGAUAUUUUUAUUAAAAUGAUGUUCUAUUCAUCGUUAA